CUUCCCACGAUCGCAUUCGUCUUGCCGUGCUGCCGAGCCUUAUGAGCGUGCAGAAAUCGGAUUCCGCAGUCAACAUACCCCGCUGGAGCACAAACACUCCUCUUCGGUUGUAAACCACAGCACGUCCUAACCAUGACGGUCUUUCUCGCUUCCCUGUUCUUACCAAAGACAGUGUACUUCAAACUCCCAGAUGCCCCUCCCACGAGGGGACAGCUUCACCGAGGACAGACCCUUGCUGCCGUAGCGAGUACUAAGGCCGGCCGGCCGCCGUUGACAGCUCGCCCAAGCCUCUUUCCACCCAAGGCGCCCAACACGCCCCCAGAGACACCACCUGACACCGAGAACGGCGCCAUUGACGGGUGGUUCAUCAAUGAAGACGGCACCCGCAUCCAUGUCACCUUUGACGACAACUCGGACCGGAAAGCGCCAACAGACAAAGAAUCGCCGACAUGGGGCAGCCGUUCCUUCCAGCCAAAAUCUCGGGCAAACUCCCCGCCUCCAGCUUCACUGCAGGAGAAUGCCCGAACUCUGGCAAAGGCAAAAGAGCUCGGACGCCAGGGUGUCCACCAGCCCAGAGCCGUGCGUAGUGACAGUCAUGACAGAGUCUUUGCAAACGCCAAUUGGUCUGUCGUGGACUCGGAACAGGGCAACGGUGGGCUGCGCAAUGCUGCCGAUGCUGCUUCACGCGAUGGCUACACCGGCGAGUACACCUGGGUCGGCACACUAGGAAUGCCCACGGACGCGCUGGAAGGCACUCAGCAGAAGGAAGACAUUCAUGACCGGCUUGCCACUGAGUACAACAUGUUGACAGUCUUCUGCUCCGACAAGGACUUUGAUGGUCAUUAUCUGCAUUUCUGCAAGCAGAUUCUGUGGCCCGUCUUCCACUAUCAGAUCCCGGACAAUCCCAAAAGCAAGGCCUACGAGGAUCAUUCAUGGCAGUUUUAUGUCAACCUGAACCAAGCGUUCGCGGACAAAAUCAUUAAGAACUGGAAGCGCGGCGACACAAUCUGGGUCCACGACUACCAUCUACUGCUUGUGCCAGGCAUGAUCCGUAAGAAGCUUCCUGAUGCCAAGAUCGGCCUCUUCCUCCAUGUGGCAUUCCCAUCCUCGGAAGUGUUCCGAUGCCUCGCAGUUCGCAGACAGCUUUUGGAGGGCAUGCUUGGAGCGAAUAUGAUCGGCUUCCAGAUCCACGAGUACGCCCGCCAUUUCCUGCAGACAUGCAGUCGCAUCCUGGCAGUCGAAGCUACCCCUGAAGGUGUGCAACUAGAGGAUCGCUUCGUCAACGUCAUGAAUCACCCCAUCGGCAUUGACCCCGUCGACCUCGACCAGCACCGCAACAACGCCGAGGUGCAAAAGUGGAUUGACAUUAUGAGUGAGCGCUACAAGGGCAAGAAGAUCAUCGUCGCUCGUGACAAGCUGGAUCACGUCCGGGGUGUGCGACAGAAGCUUCUCGCAUUCGAAUUGUUUCUUAACAAGAAUCCCUCGUGGCGAGACAAAGUUGUCCUGAUUCAAGUUGCCCUUUCGACCAGCGAAAAGACUGAUCUUGACGCAGCUGUGGGCGACAUUGUCACAAGAAUCAACUCGUCUUGGGCCAGUCUUGCAUAUCAGCCUGUCCUCUACUUGAAGCAAGACAUCCCUUACUACCAGUACCUCGCGCUGCUUACUGUUGCGGAUGCUCUCAUGAUCACCAGUCAGCGCGAAGGCAUGAAUCUGACCUCUCACGAGUUUAUCGUGUGCCAGGACGGCGCUCUUGCCGACAAGAAGCAUGGCUCGCUCAUCCUGUCCGAGUUUACAGGCACCUCUUCGCUUUUCGGAGGCAAUGAACUCUCAAUCAACCCGUGGAGCUAUCAGCAGAUAUCAAAUGCUAUCCAGAAAGCAAUUGAAAUGCCAAGAGAGGAAAAGGAUACCCGGUGGACGGCACUCCGCAAGGUUCUCGAUCUUCACACAGGAUCCCGCUGGUUCCAAGAGUUCUUGCAGAGCUUAGACUCGGCAUACGAUGAUCAGCAUCGCCACGAUCAGACCUCAGUUCCCCGCCUAAAUCUCGCGAGCAUGAGCCAAAAGUGCCGCGACAGCAAGCGCAGAUUGUUCAUCCUCGACCUCGAAGGGACUCUCAUUCCUUACGGAUCGCAGUCAGAGGCCAUCCUCAUGAAUCCACAGCGCGUGAUUGGGGUUCUUCGGGACCUCAUGGAGGACCCCCGCAAUAUCGUCUAUGUAAUGUCCGGCCGGACUCCGCAAGAGCUCGAGAGAUUCUUCCGUUUGGUUCCUAACAUUGGACUGAUCGCCGAGAAUGGAUGCUUUGUCAAGGACUGCGGUAAGAGCCAGUGGAUUGAGAUGGCCGACCGCCAGCAGAUCGACUCGUGGAAAGAAUCUGUCACGUCCAUUCUCCAGUACUACCUUGAGCGUACGCCUGGAUCCGCCAUCGAGGAUCGAAGCUGUUCAGUCAUCUUCCACUACAAGAAUGCCGAGGACUACGCAAAUGCUGAACGUCAGGCUAGUGACUGGACCGGCCACAUCAACGAGUCCUGCGAAGCCCAGAGGGUUCAUGCAACUCAGCUCGAGGGCUGCGUGGUCGCAGAGGCCAUUGACUGGACCAAGGGAACCGCUGCAGCCCAGAUCUACGAGCGUCAUACCGCGAACGACCCGAUUGACUUUAUGAUGGUCAUCGGCGAUGGACGCGAAGACGAAAAAGUCUUCCGCUGGGCGAAUGACCUGUCUCCAUCGGUGCCAAACGUGAUUACAGUCAGCCUGUGCAACCGCAACACCGAAGCUACCGCUACCCUGACUCAAGGUGUGAACGGGGUGCUCAUCGCACUACAGAAGCUCGUCACUUCAGCCUAGGCUCGGACUCAGCCUAGCAGCUUCGCGCAAGGCCCUAUAGUUACCUGUUCACAAGUCAAACAAGCCUUAUUUCGACCAUGCAUCA